CAUUGCAUAACGCAAACCUGUUUACAUUGACUACUUCUUAUCACGUGUAGUUUUUAUUGGAGUGUUAUCGAUUUUUAAACCAUUGUGAUAAUUUUAUAGUAAAACCUUAUUGAAACGAAUAUUGUUAUUAAAGCAACACUUUAAAUAAUUGCGAUAAUUUUCUCAAUUUCAUCACAAGAUGUCAUUAAAAGUUUUUAUUGUCAAUAAAAGUUACCCAGCUGCUGGUUUGGCACUAUUAAAAAAAACAGUUCAAGCAACUGUGAUUCCUUAUUUGGAUCAUGAAGAAAGCAGUCUAAAAGAAAUUAAAAACGGUAUCAAAGGAUAUGACGCAUUAAUAUGGAACACGAAACAUCGUCUCACAGGAGAAAUAUUAGAUUUAGCUGGACCUCGACUAAAAGUGAUAUCAACAAUGUCAUCUGCAACCGAUCACAUCGACCUCGAGGAGGUGAAGAAACGAGGUAUCUUGCUGGGUAACGCGCCUCAAGUGCUCGACGACGCCGUGGCCGACAUAGCUGUGGGGGUCAUGAUAGCAGCCGCCAGGAGGUUUAAAGAAGGCGUCAAAGAACUAGAAAGUGGCGAAUGGAAGUACGGAGUGCAAUGGAUGCUGGGUCAGGACAUAGCUGGCAGCACUGUGGGUAUAGUGGGCCUGGGCGGCGUCGGCCAGGGAAUCGUGAGGAGGCUGAAAGGUUUUGACGUCGCCAAGUUCCUCUACUGUGGACGCAGUGACAAGCCUGAGGCCAGCACUUUAGGAGUCCAACGAGUGUCCCUCGAGGAGUUGUUAGCAGAAAGUGACUACGUCAUCCUAGCAUGCCCUUUAACAGAUGAGACGAAGCACCUUAUAAACGCAAACACGCUGAAUAUGAUGAAGAAAACCGCGGUCUUAGUUAAUAUUGCAAGAGGAGGCGUGGUAGACCAAGACGCGCUGUACGAGGCGCUGAAGGAGAACAGAAUAUUCGCGGCCGGCUUGGACGUGGUCACGCCGGAGCCGAUACUGAGGGACCACAAGCUACUCACGCUGCCCAACUGCUAUAUAGUUCCGCAUUUGGGAAGUGCUACCAUUAACACUCGAAACAAAAUGGCCACCAUUGCCGCCAAAAAUGUACUUCUCGGUUUAGAGGGAAAACCUCUUCUAUUCCCUGUUAUAUAAAUAAAAUUCCAAUUCAAUCACAACGAAUACCUAUUUAUAACUUUGAAAA